AUUAUUUUCAAAUUUUUAUAUACUAUAAAAACAUUUUUAUCAGAACAUUACUUGUACUAUUAUGGCAUCGAUUGGUGAAUGUUCUGGAUGUCGCAACGUUCUCGGCGACGAACCCUAUCUUGGAUGUUUUAGCUGUAGGGCGAAAUAUGACCUUGUCUGUGCAAAUAUGACCUCCAACGAUUAUAAGCAAAUGAACGCUAACCAAAAAGCGUCAUGGAAAUGCCCUGAAUGUUGCUGCAAGGAGCCAAAAAUAGGCAACGUUAACACUCCUGUGCGUUCGACUCAAUGCUCGAUCACAAAGAGUCAAGAAGAGGAUGUACAGGGGCAAUCUAAUGUCACUGUACGCAAAAGGCCCACAAAAUCGCCGCUGAAAUCGUCGCAGAGGCCGCUGCAUAAGCAGGUGCAGAAAUUACCACCAAAACUAUCACAGAAAGCGGCAGCGCAAUCUUCCCAAAAGUCGCCGCCAAAAUUGCAGUUGCAGUCAACUCUUGGGCCGCCGCAACCGCAACCUCAGCUCUUGGAACCUAGUAGUCCUGUCACUGAAAAUAAACUACGUGAGAUUGUGCAACAGGAAACCUGUACUACGCUAAAUCUCAAAAUCAAAAAAAUUGUAGCGGCUGAGCUCAAGAGUGUUAUCGAUACAAUGAAUAGUUUCAGAAAUUCUCUAGAAUUUGUGAAUAAAAAGUAUGAAGAGAUGAAAUCUAAAUACGAAAAUGCAAUUGCAACUGUCACCGAGCUAAGACAUGAUAACGAAAGUUUAAAAACUACCAUCAGAGAUCUCACUACCCGAGUCAACGUCGCUGAGUUGCAUAUGAGGGACUCAAACAUUGAGAUAAAUGGUAUCCCGGAAAGUAGAUCUGAGAAUCUGGUCACCACCGUCAUUCAACUAUCCAAGGUCAUCGAAAACCCGCUCACUAAAGAAGACAUUAACCAUGCUGUCAGAGUUGCUAAAAUCAGCAAUGACAAUCCACGUCCUCGACCAGUGAUUGUUAAGUUGCGUAAUCCUCGUUCCCGUGACGACAUCCUGGCAGCGGUCAGCAAAUUUAAUAGGAAAAAUACCGAGAAGAGGCUUUGCACACAGCAUCUUGGAAUAGGAGGAACUGUCGGUCCUAUCUACGUUUCGGAACAUUUAAGUCCAACUCUGAAGUCACUUCACGCUGCAACUCGUAUUAAAGCCCGGGAAAUGUGUUAUAAAUUUGUCUGGGUUCGUAAUGGUCGGAUCUUCGUUAGAAAAGCAGUGGAACACCAAGCUAUUGUAAUUAAAAAUAUUGAUAGUCUUAAGCUCUUAGUAUAAGUUUGUUAAUGUAUUA